GUUUAUUCUGUCAUUCUUCUAACAAAACCCAUUCUUGAAACACGGCUGAAGGAUGGGAUCUCGAAUUUUAUAUUAAAAAGUUAGGACCGUGCUCAUCAAGUGCUGAACAACAAAGAGAGCCAAAGGCAUGCCCAUGCGCUGGAGUCGGCCCCUGCGUUGUCCCUGAACGGGAGUCCUUUCUCCCGAACCUCCAGAACGACAUUCCCCUCGCCAUCUUCGCCUCCUCCUUUUCCUCCUCCCGCCAGAAUGAAGGAAGUGAAAGGUAGCCGUUGCUAGGAGACGCGAGCGGCGGCCGCGUACACAGCCGCCGAGGCCGAGUGAGGAGAAAGGCCCUCCCGUUUCUUCCAACGAGGGGGGACUCUCCUACUCUUCCCUCCCCUCACACGCCGGGAGGGGGAGCGGUGUACCCCAAGCCCAGCUGCAAAAAUGGCAGAGGAAAGGUAUGAUAAGCCUGCAAUAGAAGAAAAUGUCUUUGAAGCCUUGGAAAAAGACUUCCAAGAAGUCAUCAGUGAACUUACAGGAGAUCAAAGCCUGGAAAAAUUUCGAGUGGAAUAUGAGAAGCUCCACACAGUGCUGAAAAAGUCCUAUGAGAAUGAAAAGCGCCUCAUGGCAAAAUGCAGAGAACUGAAUGCAGAGAUUGUGGUGAAUUCGGCUAAAGUGGCUACUGCCUUAAAACUCUCCCAGGAUGAUCAGACAACAAUAGCAUCAUUGAAAAGGGAGAUUGAAAAGGCCUGGAAAUUGGUGGAUGCAGCUUAUGAAAAAGAGCAGAAAGCAAAGGAAACCAUUGUUUCUCUAAAAGAGGAAAUAUUGAACUUGACUAAAUUAGUGGAACAAGGCUCUGGAUUAUCAUUGGGCCAAGAACAUAACUUGCGUGAAUUGCUAAAAUUUAAGGAGGAAGUAACAAAGGAGCGAGACCAACUUUUGGCUGAGGUGGUAAAGUUACGUGAAAAUGUAACUAAUAUGGCAGAUCAACAGCAAGAGGCAGAAAAAACAAAAGUUGAGACAGAGUCCACCAUUGUUCAGCUCCAGCAGGAAAUCCAGAUGCGUCAGAAUGAGGCUUCACGAGAUUCCCGGAGGAAAGACAAACUGGAGAGGGAACUGAAGCAACUUCAGACAGAACUGGACAACAAGAUAACUGAUAUGAAGACAAUGCAGCAGGCUAUGAACAGGAACAAGGAAGAGCUCCUGAAACUUGAACAGCAGCUGAAAGAGCAAAAGAUCUUGAAUGAAAGAGCCACAAAAGAAUUAGAACAGUGUACAGCAAGAAAUGUCAAACUCCAGCAAGAGAAUGAACAACAUAGUUUGGCCAUUGAACAACUCAUGCAAGAGAAUCAGCAGAAGACCAUGGAGCUGAGAUCAAGAGAAGAUGAAGUGUCUCAGAUGCGUCAAGAGAUAGCAAAGCUCUCCAAAGUGAGAGAAGUUAUGCAGCGAAAAUUGCGUGUUGUAGAAGAGCACAAAACACAGGCAGAACAUGAAAGGGACACUCUUAAAAAUCAAAUAAAUGGACUGGAGAAAGAACUGGAAGGUGCAAAAAAGCAAGUAGAGAUCGAUAAGAAAGCUAUAGAUGAGCUGGUGAGAGAAAGGGACAUAUUGAAUAAGAACUUGCUCAAGGCUGCUAGUGUCACUCAGAAGCAGAUGAACCUUGUUAAGCUCCACGAACAGUCAAAGAAAAACCUUGAAGAAGAAAUUCAUAAUUAUAAGGAAGAGGCUCUGAAACAGAGGAAGAUUAUCUUUCAGUUGGAGAAGGAGAGAGACCGGUAUAUCAAUGAUGCUAGUGAGCUGACACAAAAGGCCCUCCUUCACAUGGAAGAUAUCAAAGUACGGGAGAUGCAGAUCUUUGAUUACAAAAAGAAGAUAGCAGAGUCUGAAAUAAAAUUAAAACAACAGCAGAAUCUCUAUGAAGCUGUGAGAUCUGACAGAAACCUCUACAGUAAAAACUUGAUUGAAGCCCAGGAUGAGAUCAAUGAAAUGAGAAAGAAGCUAAAGAUUAUGACACAUCAGGUGGACCAGCUGAAAGAAGAGAUCUCUGCUAAAGAGGCAGCUCUUGUGAAAGUUCAUCUGGACCACCAGAGGAUAGAAAAAGAGAAAGAGUCCUUAAAGAGUGAACUGCUUAAAAUGAGACAACAAGCUCUGGAGACAAAACAUUUUAUUGAAAAACAAGAGGAGGAAGAAAGAAAACUUUUGAAAAUUAUUUCUGAAGCAGAUGCAGAGAGAAUGAGGCAAAAGAAAGAAUUAGACCAGGUUAUUAGUGAAAGGGACAUUCUGGGAAGCCAGUUGGUUCGCCGCAAUGAUGAACUCGCUCUUCUGUAUGAGAAAAUCAAAAUCCAGCAGUCAAUUCUGAACAAGGGAGAAAUGCAGUACCGGCAAAGAGUAGAAGACAUCCGACUACUGAAGCUGGAAAUAAAAAAACUUCGUCGGGAGAAGGCAAUACUUGGCAAAAGUGUGGCUAAUGUGGAAGAACUCAGACAGGAAGUUUAUCAUAUGCAGAAGGAGUUACUGAAGGAGCGGACUCGCUGUAGAGCUUUGGAAGAAGAGCUAGAGAAUCCUAUGAAUGUUCAUAGAUGGAGAAAAUUAGAGGCCAGCGACCCAAGUACCUAUGAGCUGAUACAGAAGAUACAUGCACUGCAAAAACGGCUGAUCAGCAAGACAGAAGAAGUGGUUGAAAAAGAGUUGCUUCUCCAGGAGAAAGAGAAGCUAUAUGUUGAACUAAAGCACAUCUUAGCCCGUCAGCCUGGACCAGAAGCAGCAGAACAGUUGCAGUUGUAUCGGCAUACUCUGCGGGAGAAGACAAAACAACUUAAAGUUUUAUCUUCUGAAUUGAAUAUGUAUGAAUCACAGAGUCAAGAAUACAAGUAUGAAAUUGAAAGACUUGCCAAUGAGCUUCUGAAUAUAAAGAAGAAAUACCUCGCACAAAAACGAAAGGAACAUGAAAACAAAGAGAAAGAGAGAGCCUUGAGUAACAUGGAACAUGACUAUCCAGGACAGAGAGCCAGAAAUUCACGCUACACUGGUGGUGGUUUCCCACUUAGUAACCCACCUCCCAAAAUUGUGGCCUAAACCAUGGGAUCAUCGCAUCUUAUCCUGUUUUGGCAUCCUCUGCUGAAAUGUAAGGUUGUUUCCAAAAUAUACUAUAGAAUAUCAUUGCUUUUAAAAGUGGCUUAUAGGAUAAUACUUUCUUGACAUCAGUGUGCUUUUUGAUAAGAAGUAAAACUCUGGAGUAUGUACAGGUAUUUGUUAUCUAUAAUUGGAUGUAUGUUUCCCAUAAUGAUGUCAAUCCCCACCCUACAUGUAUCAGUGGAACUAAUAAUCAACCUUAGGUUGCAUUCCCACGUGCUGUGGCUCAGAAGUAAGCUAUAUUGAACUCACACAUGCCUACUUGCAAAUACAUGGAGGACUGUGUAUAACAUGUGCAAUCAACCUCAAAUAUACAUAACUAUAUUGCCUUAAUCUACUUCUUGUUGAACAGCUAUCAAAACCUCAUGAAAAAGAAUUUCGAAGCUAACAUCCUACCUUAUGAACAUUCAAAGGUGAAAAUGGGUUUUCUUAACAGAAAAAAAAUAUUAAUUUAUGAAAGCAUAAAAGUAAUGUGUAUUACACAGUUGCAAAAUUUAUUGUGGGCAGAAGUGGACAAUCCACUAUCUUCAUGAUGUUUUAGAACUUAGCUUCUAUAACCUUGAACACCUGGUUAGGGCUGAUGCAAUUCUUUUCUGUUCUGGACACCAAGUAUAAUAGUAGCCUCCUUCACCAUAUUUAAACUCAGUUGGAAACAUGCCUGAUUUCUUAUGUAUCAAAUCUGAAAACUAAAAUGUAUCUCGUCACACACUUUGUAAUUCUGAUAAAAAAGGAAAACACUGAAUUAAUUUUGCAGCAUUUAAAAAUUGUUUAUAGGUGGAGGUUCACAUGUCUUUCUUUGAUGAAACUUUUCUAAUGCAGAAGAAAUGUAAUUAUAAUUCACCAGCAAGCAAUAUAACAGAGUGAGGGAGUUUAAAUAAACAUUU